AUGGUGAACUUAGCGGUUGCACUAAGAUCGUCGAUGUGCAUUAUCGUGAAAUCAGCCGGACUUGUUCCACAUACCGUAGAAACCGAACCAGGAACAAAGGUUAACUUCUGGUUACCGAAAAACUCCGGCGGGAAGCCAGAAAAACCAGCAGUACUACUCAUUCACGGUUUCGCCGGCGACGGAGUAAUGACGUGGGCGUUUCAAGCUCGUUCGUUAUCAAAGAGAUACUCUGUUUACAUACCGGACUUGCUAUUUUUCGGUGGGUCUUACACCGAUAAACCGGACCGGUCACCAGAGUUUCAAGCCGAGUGUAUGGUUAAGGCUAUGAGUAUCCUUGGCGUGGAUAAGUUUGUCCUGGUCGGAUUUAGCUGCGGUGGCGUUGUGGCUUCCAAGAUUGCAGAGUUGUAUGGGAACAUGGUUAAGGCUUUGAUGGUUAUAGAAUAG